ACUGGCACUCAUAAUUUCGAGCCUUCGACAAGACAUCAGAAGCCUGACUACUUCAGAGGGAAAAAUAUCAAUUCAACGAGAUGGCAAAGUUUCAAGUUGCUUUUUGUCUGCUCGUGGCCUUUACUGUUAUGCUCCAAGUGGAAGCCGGAUAUCUUUAUCCCCGAAAGGAGUUUGAUGCUGAGGCAUUAAUGGAUGAUCUGAGAGAUAUGGAUAUGGAUGACGUCGAUCGUUAUGAACUGAGCAAGAGGUCUUGUGCCGAUGACCCCUACUAUGCACCGAUAUGCAGAAUGUUCAGUGAAUCACACUGCAAUCGUAAAACUUUCUUCACUUCCACUCGAAAUUACAAUGACUUCCAUACAUGGUGUAGGCGAACAUGCCACGUGUGUUUUUAAAAUCUGACAGGAAGACGAGAAGACGACUGUGAUUUUAUCCUAGCAUGAAUUAACUGUAAAUCGAAUUUAGAUUUAGUAAUCGUUAGUGUCUGCACGUUCCUCCAAUUUCUCAGAAUUGCACAUAAACUGAAAAAGAAAUCUUGCAUGGAUUAAAAUAAAUAUGAAUAAUAUACACGUAGUAACGUUUUUUAGGGCAAUUAAGUAGUUCCACUGUAUUUUGGUAACUUUCGAGGAGCGUGGUUUGGUAGUCUUUCUACUGUAAAGUGCUUUGCCUUUGUUAAAUAAAAGGAAUAAAACAGUUACUAAUGUAACCUCACGAUAUUCGUUUCGUUUUAAUAAAAAAUUUCUCGAAAUUAAA